AUGUACAUCCUCGUAGUGUGCUAUCUCACGUGGGUAUCGCAGGUUUCAGGGGUGAAAAACAUCACACACGGGGUAGCGAGGCAUCUUAGAUCUAUUGGAUUUCCCGAGGGCAGCGGCAUGGGGAUAUUCUUCGCCCUCGGAGUACCCGUAGAUAUUCCGGACAAAUCGGUGUUAUUCUCCGUGUACUUCGAAGCGAAUUACGCCCUGCCAGGGGAAUGGAACUCCAGUUAUUACGUGCACGAGCCGUACUUCAAGAAACGAAGCCUGGAUCGACGGCUGGCGUACGACAUUCUCGCAAACAAAUUAGAAAGUUUCGGAUACUCCGGGGAUAAUUGUCUACUGAGAAUGAUUUGUGAAGUGGCGAAUUAUCCUUUAACUGGUAAUGGCGUGCUUGGCAACGUGUUGCAAAUUUUAUUCACGCCAUCCUCGUCGCAGGAUGAAGAUCUCCCGAGCGAGAUCACCGAGGCUGAGUACGCGAAGGACUGCGAUAACCGUUAUAAAAAAUGCCCAGAAAGUCCAUUAGCCUUGAUAAGGCACUAUGAUCUCGACGAUAAUAGUUAA